UCCACCUCCUCCUCCUUCUCUCCACUGCCUGGGUGGUCUCCCCUUCUCUCUCUCUCUCUCUCUCUACCUCGGCGAGCCGUUGCUUAGCAGCUAAUAAUAGGAGCCGCUCGCGAAGUAAUUUGCCUCUUUUUCUCUCUCUCCCCCCUCCUCGGCCAAUGAGAGGCUCCUCUCUGGCCCCCUUUUUCAGGCUCAGCAGAGAGGCAGCGCGCCGCAAACGGUCCCUGCACGGCGAAGGGAGCUCCACUCCUGCUUUAAAACAAAACACACACACACACACACACACACACACACUUACACAUAUAGAGAGAUUCAGGGACGAAUGAAGAGCGACGGACGUGCACGGAUUGAGGCGCAUGAUGUUGGGAUGGUGCCGCUGGACUUCGGCUCGAGGGAAGAAGAAGAUUAAAACGCGUCGUUUCAGCUCGUCGUGGUGGUCACCACGGUGGUCAUCCUCAGCCCGGACUUCUUGGCUAGCCGCUUCGUCUUCUCGAGUGGACUAUGGCCUCGGAGCCCAGAGACUCUCCCCCGGGCUAUGAGCGCACUCCUCCGCCUAACAGCACCCGUCAGCCCCGCAGCAACACUUACUGCCACGCCGCCUUCGCGCUCAAGCACAUUUCAAAGGGGAAGGCUGCAGGGCAGAGAGCGCCGCUGUGGAUCCGGGCCAGGUUCCAGGCUCUCCUCUUUACUCUGGGUUGCCACAUCCAGCGACACUGUGGAAAAGUUCUUUUCAUUGGGCUGCUCGUGUUUGGAGCCUUAUCAGUCGGACUGCGAGUGGCAGCUAUCGAGACGGAUAUUGAGCAGCUAUGGGUAGAAGCUGGAAGUAGGGUGAGCAGGGAAUUGCGCUACACGAAAGAAAAGCAAGGAGAAGAGACAGUAUUCACCUCGCAGAUGCUCAUACAGACACCCAAACAGGAAGGAACCAAUAUUCUUACCCAGGAGGCUUUGCUGCUCCACCUGGAGGCAGCUCUGUCAGCCAGCAAAGUCCAGGUGUCUCUUUAUGGAAAAUCUUGGGACCUUAACAAAAUUUGCUUCAAAUCCGGAGUCCCGAUUAUAGAAAACGUCAUGAUUGAAAGGAUGAUUGACAAGCUUUUCCCAUGCAUGAUUGUUACCCCACUGGACUGCUUCUGGGAGGGCUCCAAACUGCAGGGAGGCUCCGCCUACUUACCGGGGAUGCCUGACAUUCAGUGGAUGAAUCUGGACCCUCUGAAGCUGAUGGAGGAGCUGAGCCAGUUCACCUCACUGGAAGGCUUUAGGGAGAUGCUGGACAAGGCUCAGGUGGGCCAUGCCUACAUGAACCGACCCUGCCUGGACCCCAACGAUCCAGAUUGCCCCCAGAGUGCCCCCAACAAGGACCUGCGGCAGAGUCCUGACAUUGCUGUGGAAUUGAAGGGUGGUUGCCAUGGUUUCUCCAAGAAGUUCAUGCACUGGCAGGAAGAACUGAUCCUGGGUGAGCGAGCGAAGAACUCCCAGGGUUCUUUGCAAAGUGCUGAGGCCUUGCAGACAAUGUUUCUUCUCAUGAGUCCCAAGCAGCUGUAUGAACACUUUAAAGACGACUAUGAGAUCCACGAUAUCAACUGGAAUGAGGACAAGGCCACUGCCAUCCUGGAGACCUGGCAGAGGAAGUUUGUAGAGGUGGUCCACAGCAGCAUUCCUCAGAAUUCCUCCUCUAAUGUGUAUGCCUUCUCGACCACCACACUCAACGACAUCAUGAAGUCUUUCUCUGACAUCAGUGUCAUCAGGGUGGCGGGUGGCUACCUGCUCAUGUUGGCGUAUGCGUGUGUGACCAUGCUCCGCUGGGACUGUGCUAAGAGUCAGGGCGCAGUGGGGCUGGCUGGAGUGCUGCUGGUGGCUCUGUCCGUGGCUGCAGGUUUGGGACUUUGCUCUCUGCUGGGGCUGUCUUUCAACGCUGCCACCACACAGGUGUUGCCAUUCCUGGCACUGGGGAUAGGGGUAGACGACAUGUUUCUUCUGGCUCAUUCGUUCACUGAGACCGGAUCCAACAUCCCCUUCAAGGAAAGAACCGGUGACUGUCUCAGGAGAACCGGCACUAGUGUGGCUCUCACCUCCAUUAACAAUAUGAUUGCCUUCUUCAUGGCAGCACUAGUGCCCAUUCCUGCCCUAAGGGCAUUCUCGUUGCAGGCUGCUGUUGUGGUGGUGUUUAAUUUUGCUAUGGUUCUGCUCAUCUUCCCUGCUAUCCUGAGUCUGGACUUGCACAGACGUGAGGACAAAAGGCUGGACAUUCUGUGCUGCUUCUACAGCCCGUGUUCCUCUCGAGUGAUCCAGAUCCAGCCUCAGGAGUUCUCAGAUGCGAACGACAACCAUCCGCCCCCCCAUGCUCACGCCCCUGCUACACCUACUUUCACUGGCUCCACCACCAUCACCACCAGCACGCACAUCACCACCACAGUGCAGGCCUUUACGCAGUGUGAUGCUGCUGGCCAGCACAUCGUCACCAUCCUUCCCCCGACCUCCCAGAUCUCUACCAGCCCUGCACCCCCGGCUUCCUCGUCCUCCUCCAAUGACCCCUAUGGCUCAAGCCUCUUCACUCCUUCCAGCUCCACCCGGGACCUCCUGUCCCAGACUGAAGAGUCGCGACCUGUCCGAGAUUGUGCGCCCUUGCCCUUCCUGCGCUGGGACCUGGCUCGUUUUGCCCGGGACAAGUAUGCCCCCCUGCUGCUUAAGCCUGAGACCAAGACAGUAGUGGUAGUGGCAUUUGUGGCCCUGCUGGGCCUCAGCCUCUAUGGCACAACCAUGGUCCGUGACGGCCUUUAUCUGACCGACAUAGUGCCCCGGGACACCAAGGAGUACGACUUUAUCUCUGCACAGUUCAAAUACUUCUCCUUCUACAACAUGUACCUGGUCACCAUGGACAGGUUCGACUAUGCCCGCUCCCAAAGGGAGCUCUUGCAGCUUCACAAUGCCUUCAACUCGGUCAAGUAUGUGGUGAGGGACAGUGAACAGAAGCUGCCCCGCAUGUGGCUCCACUACUUUCAGGACUGGCUCCGAGGGCUUCAGGCUUCAUUUGAUGCUGAUUGGGAAGCAGGCAGGAUUACCUAUGACAGCUACCGCAACGGCACUGAGGAUGGUGCAUUAGCCUAUAAACUUCUCAUCCAGACUGGCUCCAAGAAAGAGCCCUUCAACUACAGCCAGUUGACAUCCCGUCGCCUGGUGGACAAUGAUGGUAUGAUUCCAGCGGAGGUCUUCUACAUCUACCUGACAGUGUGGGUCAGUAAUGACCCACUGGGUUAUGCUGCCUCCCAGGCCAACUUCUACCCACAUCCUCACGAGUGGAUCCACGACAAGUAUGACACCACUGGCGAGAAUCUGCGUAUCCCUGCUGCUGAACCCUUGGAGUUUGCUCAGUUUCCCUUCUACCUGAAUGGCCUCCGCCAAGCCUCAGACUUCAUCGAGGCAAUAGAAAGCGUGCGCUCCAUCUGUGAGGAGUUCAUGCGCAAGGGCAUACAAAACUAUCCUAAUGGCUAUCCAUUUCUCUUCUGGGAGCAGUACAUCGGUCUGCGCCACUGGUUCCUGCUGUCCAUCAGCGUGGUGCUGGCCUGCACCUUCCUGGUGUGUGCCAUCCUGCUGCUCAAUCCAUGGACUGCAGGUGUAAUUGUUUUUAUCUUGGCUAUGAUGACGGUAGAACUGUUUGGCAUCAUGGGACUAAUUGGUAUCAAGCUGAGUGCCAUCCCUGUGGUCAUCCUUAUUGCUUCUGUUGGCAUUGGAGUGGAGUUCACGGUACACAUAGCACUGGGUUUUUUGACUGCCAUCGGGGACAGAAACACACGCUCGGCCGUGGCUCUGGAGCACAUGUUUGCACCGGUGAUGGACGGCGCUAUCUCCACUCUGCUGGGGGUGCUCAUGCUGGCCGGGUCCGAGUUUGACUUCAUCAUGAGGUACUUCUUUGCAGUGUUGGCUAUCUUGACCUUGUUGGGGAUCCUGAAUGGUUUGGUACUGCUGCCCGUUCUCCUCUCUGUCAUGGGCCCUCCGGCCGAGGUCACCCCUGCCAACAGCGGCAACUGUCUGUCCAGCCCCUCGCCUGAGCUUACACCUCCAACCAUGAACCAUCAUGGUUACUACGCGGGACAUGUUCCCAGAGGACGCCGCCAGGCCUUCUCUGAAGUCUCAGACUCCGAGUACUACUCCGAGACAACCACCACGUCCGGGAUUGGGGAAGAAGAUUACAAGCACUGUGACAGGAGCGCGUACAUAACUGCUCCCACCCAGCAUCCCACCUCCCACAUUCUGCUGGAGGCCAGCAAGAACCCUACUUUUCCUAAACUCACAGUAGUGAAACCGUUCAGUGAAGGUUCGGCUGCAGGUGGCCUGAGAGAUCAAGCUAGCGAGUCAACCCAGAACGCUGUGAAUUCCAUCAGUUCACAGGUCAUGCGGUUUGAUGGCAAACAAGAGUACCAGGGACAUAGGAGACAGCAUUUACCUAGUGACAGGACCCACUGUGCUGGAAGGACUACUCACUGUGGCCCCAGCAGAGGGCCACAGCAGAACAGGACUAAAGCGCCGGUCCAUGCCGGCAACACGGUCACUAUGGUUACGGCCACCGCCUCGGUGACGGUGGCGGUGCACCCGAGCUUGCCGGGAUCCUAUCAGGGUUAUAUGCAUGAGGGCUUUGAGGAUAGUGAGUCAGACUUUUUCGAGGACACUAAGAGGACUUCACAAUCUUAUGGGAAAGCAACUGACUCUUCCCAGAGAGACUCUUUGGAAAUCCAAGAUUUGGAAUCUCUAGAGAAAAACCAGCAUCAAGCUAACCAGGGUCUAGGUGGUACAAGGAUCCAAGCAGCCAAAGAUUGCUAGACAGCCCCACUCCCUUCUUCCACAUCCCUUUGUCUGGAAUCUAUCUCUGGCUGUCUCGGGACGUCCGCAGCCCCAACUCUGUCUCUUUAAACUGUACAUAGACCUCAGAGAUGAGAGGAUUUAUUUUAAAAGAUAUUAAAAAAAGAUCUUGUUUUAAGAUUAUAUAUACAUCUAUAAAUAUAUAUUUUAAUACUAAAAAGAGGGAAAACUAUUUAAAAGAGUACUGUAUAACUUGUGUAUUCUCUUAUGAAAAGUCAGAGGUAUAAGAGGAUUCGGAGGCUUUGAUUCCUCCUUUGUAUAGAUUAUGAAAUGUGCUAUAUGUAAAAAUUGAGAAGUGAAAUGAUACUAGGUUAUUGAAAAUGAAAGGUCAGUGUUCUUUUUUUUUUUUUGCUGCUACACAUCAGAUUUGAGAUGAUUUGCCUUGAAAAUAUGCAGUACCCCCUCCUCAAUAAGCUGCAACUUUACAUUAACACGUUCUCACACUGCAGCCUCCUCCAGUCCGUUGCCUUGCCUUUUGAUUGCACUGUAACCUACAGAACCCUACAGAGAUACUGUUCUGCCAUUUAUCUCCUUCAACAAGCUGUUCUUUUCCUUAUUUUUAUAUCUUUUUUAAAUACCUUUAUUUAAUUGAGGGCAACCAUCGUGCCUUUCCAUGCUACAUUGCAGAUGUUAUUCUAUGUUGGUGUUCUUCAGUGGGGUUAUCAUUGAAAAGGACACAUUUCCUUCUGUGGUCCUAGACAUUUUUUUCUCCAAAAAUGUGUCAAUGUCUCUUAUUUGCUUUUUCUACUAAGGUCAGUAGAACAUGCAGUGUAGAACUAGGGAUCAGAUGAGAUUCACUUUCCAGGUGUUUUUCUUGUCUUUAUCAGCCACCUGCUCUUUUUUUAGUCAUUUGCAGACUGUACGUUUAAAUACUUGAAGUGGUGAGAUGCACAUGUAUUUCCUUAUGAUUAUUAUUUUAGCUGUACAGUAAGUAAUUGUAACGUUUGUCAUGAUGUUCCUGCUUAAAAUGCAGGAUGUCAGUGCUAGGCAAAUUAGCGGUUAACCCAAAAUGUUGCUCAGAAAGGGAAUUGUAUUUAAGUGCAAAGGGAGGUAGUUGUUUUAUUUCUGUUUUCAGUUGUGUUAGGGGAUGAUAAUGCAUAGCUCAUAGCAAGUCCCAUGCAGUGGUGGAUUAGGUAGAGUUCCUGUAGGCUUCUCCAGCCAGCCCAGUCUAGAGGCAGGCAACUGUCUUAGAUUUCACAUUCAAGCCAGUAUUUUUUCCAUUUUCUACAUCUGUCUCUCAGACAAAGCUCAGCCUUUCAGCACUGGUCAUAACACUGCCAGGUUAAACCCAGGGAAUCGUAUUAGAUUUAAGUGGCAGCUUCACGUUUCUUUCUCUUUUUUUUUUGUGACAGGACUAGAAACAACGUUACGUAGCUACUGAAUCUACAACACAACACAAUCCAACAACACAAAAUCAAGCAAUCUACAGUCUGAGAUAGCAGACAAGAAAGUCUAGGGGGCGGGGGUCCUGCAUAGGUUUGUAGUUCUAUUUCAAAUGUACGUCAUGCCAUAUGAAUUAUUUAUAUCAAAUUUUUAUUUUUGUAGUUUGUACAGAUGUUAGUCGCUAGACUGAAGUUAUAUUUUUAAAGAGUAAAUAUAUUAUAAAUGCAAAUAUAUAUAAUUAUAUCUAUUUGUUGCUGAGUUUUUUUUGUUUUGUUUUGUUUUGUUUUUUUUGGGGAGGGGGGGUCAAAUUGGGUGGAGCUUUGAGCUCUUUAUUUGCUGUUGGAAAAAGAGAAAACCAGUUUGGAAAAUGAAGGAGAGGUGUGUGGCUGUGGCUCUCCACCUUAUGUAGAUUUCCUUGCCUUUCCUUCUUCGUGUAAAGAUUUGAAGAAUUUCUCUUGUUUUUUGUCAUUGUCUAAAACACUGUGACUUCAGAAAACGAUGUGCGAGGAAAAAAAAGAACACACACAACCCUCGCGUGACCAUCAUUUUCCUUCACCCUUAAUAGGAAUUCAACUAACAAAAUAAAUGUUAAAAAACAA